UGCUAAAAACUUCAAAACACAUAGUCGCUUUAUGUGGUGCGGGAUUGAGUGCAGAAUCGGGUGUACCGACUUUUCGGGGUGAAGGUGGUUUGUGGAGAACUUUUGAAGCAACCAAACUCGCCACGCCAAAGGGUUGUAAAAUUACGGUGGCUUAUCAGUUAUGUCGUGAAUUGGUGUUAACAAAGAAACCGAAUCGUGCCCAUAAAGCCCUAGUUGACUUUGAGAAAAAAGUGUUAUCGGCAUCCCCGAAAGCACAAACGUUUACUGUCAUUACUCAAAAUGUUGACGGUCUUUCGAGUAAUAUCGAAAAUUUGAUUGAAAUGCAUGGUUCUCUGUUUAGGACUCGUUGUACUAAAUGCGGUGAUAGAAGAGAGAAUCGUGAUUCUCCUAUCGCACCUGCGCUAAAAGGAACGGAAGACUCUCAAUUUGAUAUUAACCUCCCAAUUGAUAAACUUCCAAGUUGUUCUAAAUGCAAAGGUCUGUUGAGGCCGGAUGUUGUAUGGUUUGGGGAAUGUUUGGAUGAUGACAUUUCAACAAAUAUCCAAUUCGA